CGCCCAAUCCACCCGCCACUGUAACUAACACUGUAUCUAUCACUCGAGCUUUUCCCUCCCAAUCCAACACUUCUCCCUCCAAAUCCAACACCAACACCACGUCUCGGUUUUCUUUUUUCUUUCUUCUAGCAGCUCAGCUCGCCGUAUAUCAGUCCAUGUCCCGGUCCAUCGUCUACGGCGAAACUAACCCGAUUCUUUCCUCGCGUCACUCAUGGCAAGAAGCGGGCACGGAGUAGGUCCCGCCGUCGCCCUCGCCGCCGUCGUGGCGGCGGCGGCGGCGCUGUGCGCGGCGCAGACAGCGUCGGUGCAGCCGACGGCGCUGACGAUGCCCAGCUGCCCGGCGACGCCGCUAAGCCUGUCCCCGUGCCUCGGCUACGUGUUCGGCACCGGCUCGGCGGCGCUGUCGUCCUGCUGCUCCCAGCUGCAGGGCUUCUUCCGGUCGCAGGGGCCGUGCCUCUGCGCCGCGUCCAAGCUCGCCGCCGCCGGCCCGUUCGGCCUCUUCCUCGGCCAGGCGCAGGCCAUCAUCCCCAGCGUGUGCAACCUGCCCACCAACCCCUGCGAUGCCAUGGCCGCGAAAAGCCCUGAGCCGGUCUCAGCGACGCCGGCGGCACUGGCGCCUGCACCUGUACCGGAUACGCCGGCGAUGGCACCGUCGGCGAUGCCCGCCGAACCGGAGACGUCGGAAGCACCGGGGGUGCCCGUCGACGCUUCCCCUGCCACCGUGGCGGCGCCAGGACAGGCCGUGCCGGGAGACUCUGGAUCGAGCACCGGUUCACAAGUUGGAUCAAAGAUGCCAGAAUUGCUGCAUUCGGCCGGCGUACGGAGCUCCAGGAAGACGGCUGCUGGCACCGUGCUGAUCACUCUGUUUCUCGCUUAUGUCUCAGCCAUGUAUGGGUAACGUGCUUAGCAGCAUUAGAUACUGUCAGUCAUCACGAAACCGGUAUGAUUUUGCCUCCAUGUUGCACAGCAUAAACUUAAAUAAUUGUGGGAAAACUAGUUGAAGUUCUAAAUGUCUACACAUUUCAUGGCUGGUUGUAC